ACAAGAAAAGUCACACACGAUCAGAUCAAGUCAUGUUCACUUGUUAACCAAAAGCCAACACAUCUAGGUCACCGCUUGCAAGAAUAGAUCCAUAUAAGCAGAAAAGCAAAGGAAGAAGCGCCCAUUCCUUUUUGGGAAGGUUCUCACAGCAGAUUAGAGGAAUCACCAAUCCAGGGGAAGUAGGAGGAGGAGGAGGAGAUGGAGGAGAGGGGGAAGGUGGUGUGCAUGGCGAAGCUGGCCGAGCAGGCGGGGAGAUACGAUGAUAUGGUGGAUUUUAUGAAGAAGCUUGCUAGGAUGGAUGUGGAUAUGAGCGUUGAAGAGAGGCAUUUAUUUUCAGUUGGUUUUAAGAAUACAAUUGGUGCAAGGAGGGCAUCAUGGAGAAUCCUUUCUUCACUUGAGCAAAAGGUGGCAGCGGGUGAGCAGGCUGGCCGGAUGAUAAGUGUCUACAGAACGAAAGUUGAGGAUGAACUAAGGAUGGUUUGCAAUGAAAUAUUGUCAAUCAUCGCUAUUCAUUGCCUUCCCUUGGCUAAUGCGGGUGAAAACGUUGUGUUCUUUCAUAAAAUGAAAGGUGACUACUACCGUUACCUGGCUGAAUUUAGCACUGGGGUUGAAAAGAAGUCUGCUGCUGACCAAUCACUCAUGGCCUAUCAGCAAAUGUUGCUGCAGCAUGCCAUGGUUGUUGCCUCCACCGAGCUUUCGCCUGCUCAUCCAAUCAGGCUUGGCCUUGCGCUCAAUUUCUCAGUGUUCUUUUAUGACAUAAUGAACUGUCAUCAGAGAGCUUGCCAAGUUGCAAAACAAGCAUUUGAUGAGGCUACUACUGAGAUUAAUUCCGCUGGUAUGGAUGGCAACAACGAUAGCACACUAAUGAUGCAGCUUCUGAACGACAACCUAGCAUUGUGGAAGUCAGAACUAACUGAAGGUGAAACCUCGAACGAUAGCGACAUCGAUAUGGAGGAGGGAUAACUGGAAUGUGCUGAAGGCUCCCCUGCAUGCAUGUGUGCAAAAUGACCAGAACAUAAUGGUACCAAACCUGCUGGACACUGUUGGUUUUUGUGACAAUGCGCUGAUACAAUUUUCCGACAUUUUAGCAGGGAUAACUGGAAUGUGCUUCAAGGCUCCCUCCCUAGCACGUAUGUGUGUGAAAUAACCAGAACAUAGUGCUACCAUUGAAAUCGCCCCAAAGUGCCUUGCCUACUGUGCAGCUUGUUAGUAGUUCUGGGGUCCUCGCUUGGUGUUUUCCUAGGCUUUCCACAGUAUGGAUUGGUAACCAUGUGCCCAGCUUUGCUCAUGUUUUGAGAGCUUGGAGCAGUGACCAUCCAUCUUUGAUGCUUUUGUUUCUAGUUUUCCUCCAUGCGUAUUAAGCGUUGCUGUAUACUGGCGAGCUAUAUGUAACUAGUAGUAUCUCAGCUAUCAAUGACGAAAAACUGUCAUUUUUUUCA